AUGAACCCGUACAUUAUGGCCCUCCUACUAUUUGGCCUUGGCCUAGGAACUACGAUUACAUUCGCGAGCUCACACUGGCUCCUCGCCUGAAUAGGUCUUGAAAUCAACACGCUAGCUAUUAUUCCGCUCAUAGCCCAGCACCACCACCCCCGGGCAGUCGAAGCAACCACUAAGUACUUCCUAACCCAAGCAACGGCAGCCGCAAUACUACUCUUCGCCAGCACUACUAAUGCCUGACUAACAGGAGAAUGGGACAUUCAACAAAUAUCGCACCCCCUCCCCACCACAAUGAUUACGCUAGCAUUAGCCCUUAAAAUUGGACUAGCACCUAUACACUCAUGAAUGCCGGAGGUUCUCCAAGGAUUAGAUCUGACCACUGGCCUAAUCUUAUCCACUUGACAGAAACUUGCACCGUUUGCCCUGUUCCUUCAAAUCCACCCUAAUAACUCGACGAUCCUCAUUACUUUAGGUCUUGCUUCAACACUUGUUGGAGGCUGAGGGGGCCUAAACCAAACACAACUCCGCAAAAUCCUAGCAUACUCCUCGAUCGCCCACCUAGGGUGAAUAACAUUGGUACUUCAGUUUGCCCCCUCCCUUACCCUACUCACCCUACUUACAUAUUUUGUUAUAACAUUCUCGGCCUUCCUUGUAUUCAAACUAAACAAAGCCACAACGGUCAAUUCACUGGCUAUUUCCUGAGCCAAAACCCCGAUCCUCACCUCCCUCGCCCCUCUUAUUCUACUAUCUUUAGGCGGCCUCCCACCCCUCACAGGAUUUCUGCCAAAAUGGCUUAUCCUCCAAGAACUAACCAAGCAAGGCCUUCCCCUCUUAGCCACCUUCGCUGCUCUCACAGCCCUCCUUAGCCUCUACUUUUACCUCCGACUUUCAUACGCAAUAACCUUGACCAUGUUCCCUAAUAACCUCGCUGGUUCAGCCCCCUGACGCUUCCACUCCCCUCAACUUACUCUGCCCUUAGCAGUUUCGACUGCGACAGCCAUUCUUACCCUUCCCCUUGCCCCCGCCGCAAUAGCCCUCUUUGCCCCCUA